AAUGAUGAAAACAGAAGUUGGAAAAGGUAAAACUCUUUGACUCUCUAGAGUGGAGCUUUUUGUUUCUUCUGGGUUCCUCAAGUUCACUUUCAAGGCUUACUGGCUGCAGACUGUGAUUACCAUGUCUGACUCAGUAAUUCUUCGCAGUGUGAAGAAAUUUGGAGAGGAAAAUCAUUGUUUUGAGUCAGAUGGAUUAUAUAACAAUGAUAAGAAUUCACGAUUACAAAAUGAGAAGAAAAGUGAUAGCAGUCUAGUUGGCUUCUUUCAACUGUUUCGGUUUUCUUCGACGACUGACAUUUGGCUGAUGUCUGUGGGAAGUUUAUGUGCAUUUCUCCAUGGACUAGCCCAUCCAGGCGUGCUACUCAUUUUUGGCACCAUGACAGAUGUUUUUAUUGAGUAUGACACUGAACUACAAGAACUCCAGAUCCCGGGAAAAGCAUGUGUGAAUAACACCAUAGUGUGGCCCAACAGCUCCCUCAACCAGAACGUAACAAGUGGAAUGCGCUGUGGGUUGCUGGACAUUGAAAGUGAAAUGAUCAAAUUUGCCAGUUACUAUGCUGGAACCGCUGUUGCUGUGCUUAUCACAGGAUAUAUUCAGAUAUGCUUUUGGGUAAUUGCCUCAGCUCGUCAAAUACAGAAAAUGAGAAAAUUUUACUUUAGGAGAAUAAUGAGAAUGGACAUAGGAUGGUUUGACUGCAAUUCAGUGGGAGAACUGAAUACAAGAUUUUCUGAUGAUAUUAAUAAAAUUAAUGAUGCCAUUGCCGACCAAAUGGCCAUUUUCAUUCAGCGCAUGACCACAAGCAUCUGUGGGUUCCUGCUGGGAUUUUACCAGGGUUGGAAACUGACCUUGGUCAUUAUCUCUCUCAGCCCUCUCAUUGGGAUUGGAGCAGCCAUCAUUGGUCUGAGUGUGUCCAAGUUUACUGACCAUGAAUUGAAAGCCUAUGCCAAAGCAGGGUCAGUGGCUGAUGAAGUUAUUUCAUCUAUUCGAACAGUGGCUGCUUUUGGUGGUGAGAAAAGAGAGGUUGAAAGGUAUGAGAAAAAUCUUGUGUUUGCACAGCGUUGGGGAAUUAGAAAAGGGAUAGUGAUGGGAUUCUUUACUGGAUUCAUGUGGUGUCUCAUCUUCUUCUGUUAUGCACUGGCCUUCUGGUAUGGCUCCAAACUUGUCCUGGAUGAUGGAGAAUAUACAGCAGGAACCCUUGUCCAGAUUUUUCUCAGUGUCAUAGUAGGAGCUUUAAAUCUUGGCAAUGCAUCUUCUUGUUUAGAAGCCUUUGCCACUGGGCGAGCAGCAGCUACCAGCAUUUUUGAGACAAUAGACCGGAAACCUAUAAUUGACUGCAUGUCUGAAGAUGGUUACAAGUUGGAUAGAAUUAAGGGUGAAAUUGAAUUUCAUAAUGUGACCUUCCACUAUCCUUCCAGACCAGAGGUGAAGAUUUUAAAUAACCUCAGCAUGGUCAUUAAAUCAGGAGAAAUGACAGCUGUGGUAGGAUCCAGUGGAGCUGGGAAAAGCACAGCUCUGCAGCUCAUUCAGCGAUUCUAUGACCCCAGUGAAGGCAUGGUGACUUUGGAUGGCCAUGACAUUCGCUCUCUUAACAUUCAGUGGCUUAGAUCGCAGAUUGGGGUAGUGGAGCAGGAGCCCAUUCUGUUCUCCACCACCAUUGCCGAGAAUAUUCGCUAUGGCAGAGAAGAUGCAACGAUGGAAGAUAUAGUCCAAGCUGCCAAGAAAGCCAAUGCCUACAAUUUCAUCAUGGAUCUGCCACAGCAAUUUGACACUCUUGUUGGAGAAGGAGGAGGCCAGAUGAGUGGUGGCCAGAAACAGAGAGUAGCUAUUGCUAGAGCCCUCAUCCGAAACCCCAAGAUCUUGCUUUUGGAUAUGGCCACCUCGGCGCUGGAUAAUGAGAGUGAAGCCAUGGUGCAAGAGGCAUUGAGUAAGAUUCAGCAUGGUCAUACGAUCAUUUCAGUUGCUCAUCGCCUAUCCACAGUCAGAGCUGCAGAUGUCAUUAUUGGUUUUGAACAUGGUGCAGCAGUGGAAAGAGGCACUCAUGAAGAAUUGUUGGAGAGGAAAGGAGUUUACUUCACUCUAGUGACUUUACAAAGUCAAGGAGAUCAAGCCCUUAAUGAAGAGAACAGAAAGGAUGAAACUGAAGAUGCCUUCCUUGAGAGUGAACAGACCUUUAGCAGAGGGAGCUACCAGGCUAGUUUAAGAGCUUCCAUCCGGCAACGCUCCAAGUCUCAGCUUUCUUACCUGGUACAUGAAUCUCCAUUAGCUGUUGUAAAUCAUAAAUCUACUUAUGAAGAAGACAGAAAGGGAAAGGACAUUCCUGUGGAAGAAGAAAUUGAACCUGCUCCAGUUAGGAGGAUUCUGAAAUUCAAUGCUCAUGAAUGGCCCUACAUGCUGGUAGGGGCAGUGGGUGCUGCUGUCAAUGGAGCAGUCACACCCCUCUAUGCCUUUUUAUUCAGCCAGAUUCUUGGGACUUUUUCACUUCUUGAUAAAGAAGAACAAAGGUCACAGAUCCAUGAUGUGUGCCUUCUCUUUGUAGCAAUGGGCUGUGUAUCUCUUUGCACUCAAUUUCUGCAGGGAUAUGCUUUUGCUAAAUCUGGGGAACUCCUCACAAAAAGGCUACGUAAAUUUGGUUUCAGAGCAAUAUUAGGGCAAAACAUUGGCUGGUUUGAUGAUCUCAGAAAUAGCCCUGGAGCACUGACAACAAGGCUUGCUACAGAUGCUUCCCAAGUUCAAGGGGCUGCCGGCUCUCAAAUUGGGAUGAUGGUCAAUUCCUUCACUAACAUCACAGUGGCCAUGAUCAUUGCCUUCUUCUUUAGCUGGAAGCUAAGCCUGGUCGUAGUGUGUUUCCUCCCUUUCUUGGCUUUAUCAGGAGCCAUUCAGACCAGAAUGUUGACAGGAUUUGCCUCUCAAGACAAGCAGGCUCUGGAGACUGCAGGACAGAUUACUAAUGAAGCCAUCAGUAAUAUCCGCACUGUUGCUGGAAUUGGAAAGGAGAGGCAGUUUAUUGAAGCGUUUGAGAGGGAGCUGAAGAAACCAUUCAAGACAGCCAUUCGAAAAGCAAAUAUUUAUGGAUUCUGCUUUGGCUUUUCCCAGUGCAUAGUGUUUGUUGCUAAUUCUGCUUCCUACAGAUAUGGAGGUUACUUAAUCCCCAAUGAGGGGCUCCACUUCAGCUACGUGUUCAGGGUGAUCUCUUCAGUUGUACUGAGUGCAACAGCUUUUGGAAGAGCCUACUCUUACACCCCGAAUUAUGCCAAAGCUAAAAUAUCAGCUGCACGCUUUUUUCAACUGUUGGACCGACAACCCCCAAUCAAUGUAUACAGUAGUGCAGGUGAAAGAUGGGACAACUUCCGGGGGCAGAUUGAUUUUGUUGACUGUAAAUUUACAUAUCCUUCUCGACCUGAUAUACAAGUUCUGAAUGGUCUCUCAGUGUCUGUUAGUCCAGGACAAACACUGGCAUUUGUUGGAAGCAGUGGAUGUGGCAAAAGUACCAGUAUUCAGCUACUGGAACGUUUCUAUGAUCCUGAUCAAGGGAAGGUGAUGAUAGAUGGGCAUGACAGCAAAAAGGUAAAUGUCGAGUUUCUCCGCUCGAACAUUGGGAUUGUUUCCCAGGAGCCAGUGCUGUUUGCCUGUAGCAUAAUGGACAAUAUCAAGUACGGGGACAACACCAAAGAAAUUCCCAUGGAAAAAGUCAUAGAAGCCGCAAAGCAGGCUCAGCUGCAUGACUUCGUCAUGUCACUCCCCGAGAAAUAUGACACUAACGUUGGGUCGCAGGGGUCUCAACUCUCUCGAGGAGAGAAACAACGCAUUGCUAUUGCUCGGGCCAUCAUUCGUGAUCCUAAAAUCUUGCUACUUGAUGAAGCUACUUCUGCCUUAGACACAGAAAGUGAAAAGACGGUGCAGGUUGCCUUGGACAAAGCCAGAGAAGGUCGGACCUGCAUUAUUAUUGCCCAUCGUUUGUCCACUAUCCAGAACUCAAAUAUCAUUGCAGUUGUGUCACAGGGUAUAGUGAUUGAAAAGGGGACCCAUAAAGAACUGAUGGCCCAGAAAGGAGCCUACUACAAACUAGUCACCACAGGAGCCCCCGUCAGUUGACCUGACUCAAGAACUUCACACAAAGAUGACGCACCCAUUACAG